AAAGAGACGCUACGCGUAAGUUAGCUAAACGACGAUACCAUCUUGGCCUCACCGCCGUUUGGAACUUGUUGCGCGAGGGCCAAUGUCAGGCCAAAGGUAUUUUUUUUCACAAAACUACUGAAGUGUGUCCUGUGCGGAGAAUCUGUAUCCUACUAUGACAAGAUUACAAUGCCAAUUACGAAAGGCUAUUUGAACCAAUCACAAGCCUCGGUGUUCGCUGCUAAAAGAAAUCUCAAGUCGUUGAAGUGACAGGGUGUUUGUGCUAGCUUGUUGUUGAAGGGAUGAAUGGGGAGACAUUCUCUGGUACGUUGAGCUCUUGUGCACACGUGUGUAGGCAAUGCUGAAUCGAUGGACGUAUGGCAGCCUUUACUUUAUGGAUAUUGGUGCUUAAUGUUUUCCUGUUGGGUUUUCAAGCCCGCAAGUUAGCGAGUAAUUUAAAGUUUCCGAUACAGAAAUGUGAUGAUUCUACGCCUCAGAAGAAUUUCAAUUCAUUCCUAUGGCUUGUCAAGCGAACGCCACCGGCGUAUUUUUAUGGAACAAUCCACGUCCCGUACACAAGAGUGUGGGAUUUUAUCCCUAUGAACAGCAAACAAGCAUUCACUGCAAGUCAGCACGUCUAUUUCGAGCUCGAUCUUACGGACGAGAAAACUAUGAGAGCUUUAAUGAAAUGUCAAAUGCUCCCGUCUGGGACAAUGCUCAGACAGACUUUACCGCGCAAGAUGUUUAAGAGAUUGAAAUCUCAUUUACGUUACAUCAAAAGAAUGAUUCCUAAAUGGAUUAAACACCGCGAUCAAGAGACUUCGAGCGCCGGUCCUUACGCCAAUAAGCUUUACGAGAUGCUUACCAAAGACUGGGAUAAAAAGCGACCUAUUUGGGUCAUGUUGAUGGUGAAUUCAUUAACCGAGAGUGAUAUUAAAACUCGUGGAAUUCCCGUAUUGGACCAGUACCUGGCCUUGGAGGCAAGCAGAAAUCACAAACUAAUCGGUGCUGUAGAAAAUGUUGAUGAACAAUGUAAACCACUCAACGCCUUAAACGCCUCACAGGUAGUAUUUGCUCUUAAUCAGUCUCUUCACUUUCAAGAGCGGUUGCGCAGAGGCCAAGUCCAAGUAACGUACACAACAGACGAUCUGAUCGAUCAUUAUAAUUGCGGGGACCUGAAGUCAGUUUUGUUCUCGACUCAGACCAGUCUGCCUACCCUGACCGUGAAUUCCUCUUUAGAGCAAAGGGAACGGAAACGAGCCCAGGAAAUAGACCAGUACUUUCGCAAUGAACUGAUUUUCCAGAGGAAUAAGCGAAUGGCGCAAAGAGUUAUAACACUGCUUAAUAAUCACCCAGAAAAAGACUUCUUUUUCGCGUUCGGCGCAGGUCACUUUCUUGGUAAUCACAGUAUUAUAGAUAUAAUGAAGAAACACGGUUAUGAUGUGGAAUACGUCAAACCGGAGCAAGAGCUACCAAGCUUCAAAGCCAAGAAAUCGCUGAAUACCCGGCGAGAAAGGCGCAAAGGCUGCAGGGGCAGGAGAAAAAAGAGCAAACGAUGUCAGAAGAAAAAGAAACGGAAGCGCCCUGACUAUAGCCGAGUUAGACUUCUUCAGGUCGCUACUAGACGGUGGAACCCUACAAGAAAGCCGUACCCUACCAAACUAUCUGAGGCACCUGGCGCCAGAGACAUUUCCUCGCGGAAAGCUGCUGCAUCUUGCACCCCAAUCUGGACUGUUUCACUUGCUCUUACAUGUGCUGUCACUUGCCUGUUGACGUACAGCGGUUUUCGGUAAAUUGCCAUGCGUGCAUUGUGUGCGCGGUUGCUAGGGGAUGCAAGCUACUUAGACCAAACGUGGGCAGUUGUUGUCUGUGAUUUGUCAUGCUCGGAUGGCAACGUAUUGGAUGAGGAUUUCUGGCACAUGAUAAAAGUGCGGCCCAGGGAGACAUUACGCGAGUACCAUUUCAACUUCUACCUUGUGAGGAUGAAGAUUUACCAAGACGACAUGGUCCCGCAAGAGAACCAGCACCGGGGGACUCCGAUAAACACAGACGGAGGUGAUCGCCUAAGGGAAGGACCCCUAACAGAUAGCAAAUUGGGUGUGGUCGAAGCCAUUUUUACCCUAAGAGAUAACAGAAUUGAAAAAAAAAAAAAAACGUUAGACGUCCCCAUAGGAAUAGCAGUUUGUCGAAUUUUAUUCCCUAAGAGAUAGCAAAAUCGAAAAAAUGCUUAAACACCUUCUAAGGGACGGCAGUGGGCCGAAAUGGUAUACCCUAAAAGAGUUGACGAUCACCCCUGUCUACUCUUCUGGAGAAUCACCACCACCCCGGGAAACCAUGUUCUGUUAACAAUAUAAUUACCGAAGAAAAUGGAGUUGCCUUAACCCUAUGAGUAAGGCGUAUUGGAACGGCAAAGCAAAAAAGAAGAAAAAUCACAUGACAAUUACAAGAAAGGACUCUUACUGCAAAAUAUUGCGUGACUGAAAUAAUCUGAGAGUACACCAAAAGGAUGUGUUGUUUUGUGUUUGUAUUGUGUACUCUAGUACAAAAACAGCUAAUAAAAAGUAUACAUAAAUUGA